UGUAAAUCCAUAUAGACCCUUUUUUUUUAUGAUAUGGUUAUAAAAACAGGUCUACUUCAUAACAAGAAAUGUAUUUGUUCAGCACAUCCCUUAUAGUCCUCCCUUUCUUUCCUUUUCUUUCUCUUUUUUUUUAUCGCUUUCUUUUCAUUCUCUUUCUCUUUCUUUUUCUCUUUUUAUUUGAUUAUACACAUAAAAAAAGGACUCCCUUUAGAGUUUUGAACCCAUGGAAGCUCCAACAUCCGUAGUUAGCAUACAGCAACCUGAUGAACAGCCAUUUAUACCAAAGACAAUAUCUAAUCCUAUAGGACAUCUUGCUACCUCAGAACGAAUACCUACAACCACAUGGGGACCUUUUACAAUAGUUGUUGUUGUUUCUCUUGUAUUGCUUACAUGCUUUAUCUUGAACUGUAAUCGAAUUCGGCGCAGAGUAGACGAGACAAGAAUGAACAGACUAGGAAGGACAGGGUCCUUUUCAUUUGAAAGUAGACACAAGCAGUUACAAGAAGCUGAUCUAGAAUGGAACAGUCAUCCGCCUAUUGUCUAUACACAAGAAAAACUCACUUCACCAGAAUCAACCUAUGCUAGCAGUAAUAUCAUCAGCAGCAGCAAAAGCAGCACCCAUUCUGCACAUUCGGGAUGGUCCUCUAAUAACUCGACCAUUGCACAAUCUCAUCAUUAUCAUGACAUAAACUUUAUAAAAAAUCAACCUCCCAGUGUUCAACUAAGAUUGACUUUGGAAAAUGCAUCUAGGAAUUCACUGUCAACGUAUAUGAAUCCUAAAAGACCAGUCAUGGUACAUCCUCAUGAAUCAGAAUAUUCAAGAAAUGAUAUAUCACCCGUGUCGUCGCCAUUAUCGUCGUCAUCUGUACCCACUGUUUUUCAAAAGAGCAGUAAUUCAUCAAGCUGUGGCACUCUCUCAUAGACAUAAACAAAUAAAAAUAAAAAGACAAAGCUUUGGUAUGCUUCUUUAUCUUUUUUAUAAUCCCUAUAUAUCUCCUGUUCUUUAUCCCUUUAUAUGUCACUGGUUUUCUUCUUUUUUUAUCCAUCCCUUUAAUAAAGAAUCCUAUCGAUUGUAGUCUGGG